UCGAGGAAAGGCAUUCUCCCACAAAGAAGAUCAAGUCUUAUGCUCAGCAUGGCUUGAAGUGUCCCAAGAUCCAAUCUUAGGUACUAAUCAGAGGAAGGAAACAAUGUGGGUGAGGAUCACAACUCUUUAUCAUCAGAAUGUAAAAGAUUUUGGUGGAGAUCAAAGGAGCCAAAGGUCACUUGAAAGUCGUUGGGACUUAAUUAAGAAAGUCAUAAAUAAGUUCAGGGGUUGCAUUCGACAGAUCGAGCGGCUUAAUCCAAGUGGUGCUUCUGAAUUGGAUAUAAUUAUUAAAGCUAAAGCUCUGUAUGAGCAAGAAUCUAAAGAUAAGAAAGAGUUUCAAUAUGAACACAUAUGGCAUAUUCUAAAGGAUGCUGAGAAGUGGGCUGACCCUACACCUUCAAAGAUGACUGUGUCUGGAACCAUGUCAAAUGCCGAAGGAUCAGAGUCGAACUCAAUGGACUGCAUUAAUCUGAUGGGUGAUGAACAAUCUCCUACCAACGCCUCAUCAAGUCGACCCGUUGGAAGAAAGACGGAAAAGGCGAAGAGAAAGAUCAUCUCCCCAUCUGAGUGUGAUGUUGAUAUUCUUAAGAAUAUCAAAGAAAUGCAGGAAAAACGUGAGCUUGGAAGGGACACCAUGCAACAACUAAUGAUGAUGAAAUUAGAAAAUGAUAAGAAAAAAUUAGAUCAACGGGCUGUACAAUUAGAACAGCGCAAUCAACUAUUGGCUCAACAACGUGCACAAUUUCAUCUUGAGCGUGAUCGUGAGGAUAGAGAAAUAUUAUCAAUUGAUUUGAGUAAGAUUGUUGAUGUAAGGGAACAUGCAUUUUUUGAGAGGAAAAAACAACAAAUCAUUAGCAGAAAUAGCGGUGAUUUUCAAUUUGAUAGUUCAACUCAUGUUUCAGGAGGAACUGGAUAUUGGGGUCCGUCAGGGUAUCAGUACGGCACCGGUAGCUAUGGAAAUGACCUACCAGAAUUUUAGACUGUUGUUACCGUAUCUUACUUAUAUAAUGUAAUUUCUGUAUUUCUGAAUGUAGUUCCUAUCUUAGUUAUAUAAUGUAAUUUCUGUAUUUCUGAAU